AUGGUGUCUACACUCGAGAAUCUUGUGGCUAUUCCUGGAGAGAGACUAGGUAGUUUGGAGCAAUUUUCGUCGGGAAAUGGAACGUACACUCGCCAUGGAUAUGUUUACGCAAGUCUUGCAGGUUACAAGCAGUUACAAGAGCAAAAAAAUGGAGAGGUAUAAAGCUUACGUUCUCCCAAGAUCAGUGUAUUGAACUUUAAAAGAGCCACCUGUAAUUGCCCGUUUGAAGGAAUCAGACUUAGCCGUUGGGGUCGUUCAGGGUGAAUUUUUAAGACUGAUUGCUGGUGGAUGAAUUUUUUGAGACCUUGUAGGUAGGACUUGAAUCUGUCACCUAGAACGUGACCAAGGUGAUCAUGUCACCUUGAAUCAGUGUCUUGACCCAAAACAGAGGGUGGUGGUUUAGUGACCUGUUGACAGCAGUGAAUUUGACAUACAUAUGUGACAGUAGACUGGCUUGAGUAUUCUCCUUUCCACCUUUUAGAAACCUGUGAUGUGUGUGAUAAGAGAAGAAGAAAAGCACGUGGUACCAGAGGCUGAUUCAGUUGUUACAUGCAAGGUAUUAAUUUAUCCUCACUGCAUAUCUUUGUCACAUCACGGUGAACCAAGUUAUGGGAGGAAUCCAUGACUUCUUUGGCAAAGAUUUGCAGGGAGGUGGCUUGAUGAUGUGGUCACUGCCACCAGGGGAGGUAGGAGGGGCAAAAAGUGCUUCUCACAGACAAUCCCGUCAAACUGAGAUUUUGCUCCAUACUACCCAAAUUUGUUGCAAAAGACCACAAAGGAUCGUAAUCAACCCUGAUUGCCGAGAACUCUGGGAUUGGUAGAACGCAGCCAUGUUUCCGAGACACCUUCAUUAUAUGUACAGUGAGAAUACAUGUAGCACUCCAAUAAUACACUUAAUAUUGACUUUUUAUCCAAGGAGUUCAAUUUGAGUAAUAGAGGGUAAAUUUAUAAAAAGAGUGACCUGAAAGGACAUAUUAUUGCUUUGAGUGAGAGCAAGUUUCACCUUCGUGAGGAUUAGAGUUAUUGAAAGUGAAAUUGCAGCAGAAAUAUGGAUCAAGUCCAGGAAAAAUCAAUUUUAGUUCAAGUUAGCAUGAGUUUUAAGUUACCAAGGGCUCAAGUUUCUGGGAGUCAGGUGUAAUUGCUCUGCUGAAUGAUUUUGGAGUGCAUCAGGUAAAAUGUUUUGUAGCCUGCAUGGACAAAUUCCCUUCCCUUGCUUUGUGAAUGAGGGUGGGGAUGAGAGGUGGUAAUUCAGUGGUCUUGAGGCCACACUGAUUAAAAUAGCAGCCUAAGUUCAAACUGGUUGCUGUGUUGUUCAGAAUGGUCUGCCUCGCCUCACAUCACUUCACCAAUCUUCUUCAUGCAUUGUGCAAACAAGACCUUCACAUCUAGUGUUUCCACUUUUCUUGGUGAUCAGAGUUGCUGGGGUCCUCACUUUGCCCAGUGAUUGCCAUCAGCUCAAGGUUAUCCUGUCGGCUGUGACCCCAUGCAUCAUCGGGUCACUCCUAGGACCAGUCACAGUGUUCCCUCGAUUAAGUGAAUUUGUCCUGCUUCUGGUUUCUGUAAUAAUAUGGUUUUAUGGGAGGGGGUUAUCAGCUCUCAGCACAACCCCCAACCUGGAGGAACAGGUGACCACACUUAGUCUGGUCUCUACUCUUCAACCUUUUCAGCAAGAGUGGCUCUACCUGGACUCAUAGCUCUAUGGGUCAUUUAGACACACAAACCACUCCACCACAGAGUAACCUGUGACUAGACUUUCAAGCAUAGGUGCCCGAUAGAUGAAAAAGGUGUAAUUUUUUAGAAUCCUUCAUGCGACACUAUUAAAUAUAUUAAAUUUAAUUGCAUCCAAUGUUUUGUUAUCUUCAUCAGGUGAUAAGUACAAAUCCAAGGUUCUGCAAGGUUGCAAUUCUUGGUGUGGAGUCAACGUCUUUGAAAGAAACUUUUAAAGGAACAAUCAGAAAAGAAGAUGUCAGAGCAACAGAAAAGGACAAAGUUGAAAUGUACAAGUCAUUCCGCCCUGGUGACAUAGUAUUAGCCCGAGUAUUAACUUCUCAUACACAGACUUAUCUUCUGUCAACAGCUGAAAAUGAACUAGGGGUCGUGUUCGCCAAGAGUGAGGCGGGUAAGAAGGUUGUGUAAGUUAACUACAAGCAUAAGGACUAUAUAAUAGUGAUGAUAAAUAUGGUUGAAAUGAAAAAUAUUUUCUGUUCUCACACUUAAUUCUACAGUAGGUAUCAAGUUGUGCUUGAUAUAUUACAAUAACAAAUUAACUACAGUUUGCAUCUAAUAGAGACGUCACAUUCACAAAUAAAAUGAUAAAUAAAAGUCCUAUCCAAUUUACGAAGUUGUUCGUGUAGCUUGUAGGUUGCGUAAGCAACUACGCAACAGACAAGCCAGACAAAUGACUUCGUAAACACUAGAAACCUUUGCUCGCAGGGUAAUCCAAUUAAGUUGACACAAACAAAGAUAUCCUGAUUGAUCAAUAAAUUGCUGUUAUAAUGAGACAAAGGAAUUAAGAAGGAGCGUCAUUAAACAGUGUUUUUUUCUAUUGGGAGUAAGAGUUAGGAGCUUGAAUGUCUUUACUCCUAUUUUGGGGUUGGGGGUGGCAGUAAGCAUUGGAUUUUCCUUGGCGGAGACGAAAUGCACCGCAAAAAAUGAGAAAAUAGUAACAAAAAUAGUAUAGUUAGUGGAGGGCAAACAGUGCCCAUGAGUGCAGGCUCUUUUACUCUGUGUAUGUUUUUUUUCCUAUGUAGGAGCAGCAAUGGUUCCUGUGAGUUGGUGUGAAAUGCAGUGUCCAAAAACAAAAGCAAAGGAACACAGGAAGGUCGCAAAGGUGCAACAGGCGGCGUCUUAAAAAACUGAUUAAAUUUCUCCUCAUCGAAAUAACACAAUUUAUCCACAUAUUUGUCUGGUUCGGAUUAUAGAAGUUUUAGGUCUGAAGUAAUUUAUUUAGUUUUAUAUGAUUUUGAGGAUUUUACUACGUUAUACUUACGUGUCUAGCCAACUGAAUAACAAUAGCAAUGUACCUAGCCUGCAUCGCAGACACCCUGAAGGGAAAAUAGUCGAACCACCAUGUGCGACCGCCUCUCGUAAGCGACCACCUCCCAUGAGCAACCGCCAAUUCAAAACACCAAACGUUUCUCUGUCAAAGCCUUACAGUUGGAACCUCUAGUGAACGACCACCUCCUGUAAGCGACCGUAACCACUUCUUGGGCCUAACGGUUAAUGAUUUUCCAUUGUUUAUAACCUCUUGUAAGCGACCACUCGACUCAUUCUCUGGUCUCUAUUUUCGCUGUGUGCACUAUGUUACUUAGAAUAUACAAAGAACUUUAGUGACAACAUGGAACUACACGUAUACGAACUUAGACAUUGCAUGCAGUAAAUUAUCGUCCAUAAAGUAGAUGUGCCUGGACCUCUUGUCGGAAGAGACCCCCUGCGGUUCGAUUCUUGUAAACGACCACCUCCCGUAAGAGAUCACUCAGUCUUUGCAUUUUGGGUGGUCGCUUACGGGAGGUUCGACUGUAUACCAAUGGUCAAAACCAUAGGGAGUUUCAGAUACCACAACGGCGACGACGGUGAAAGCGUCACUUAAAAUGUGACUUCGCGUUCUUUGAAACUUCAGCGCGAUUAUCCCAACUAGCUCACUUUGUCCAAUGUGGGCAAGCUUUCCUGCAGUUGAAUUCUUAAGAAAGAUAUUCAAGUUUAAAGAGAGAAAGAAAAGUUCGUCGUUGUAUGUUCACGUUGUCGAUAAAACGUGAAAUUAGGCAAUUCACGUCGUAGUCGUGCAGUGACGGCAAAGAAAUAUACAAAAAAGCGUGUUGCACGUGCAAGUUGUUGUUUUGCUAGCCUAAACCUAUUGGAUUUUUGACGUUCUUGUUGCCG